AUGAGGGGCGCAUUCAUUUCCGUGGGCGAUGAGGUUCAUCGCCCUUCAGAAGCUCAGGGAUGGGCACACGCCAGGAGAGCAGUCCACUCUUCCAGUCCCCACCGAACUGCAGUAACGCACGCAGUCCAUCCAAUGCACCAAAAUGCUCCCUUAUAUCCGCCUACGGCGCGAGUGGAUUUGUUUUAUAACUUCGUAUCUCGGGAGUCCAGUACUCUUGAUACACCCACUACCCACAUAAGAAAUGCGGCUCCUGUCGUGGUAACAGCAGAUGAGACAGAUGAACUAGCUCGGCUUAAUAGCGACCGCUUUGCUAGAGUGAGAGACUCGUUGACCUUGCCCUACCUCUCUCGCACUCGAACCCAGUCUAAAGCGAAGCCACCGAUGCUCUACCUUCCUCCUGGUAUCAACCAACAGGACCGGCAUGUCGUUGUGGAACAAGUCUACUCUGGUUCUACUUCCAAUGCAACGCGUCGCUCCACCCCGCCUCGAAAGUUACCCCCGGUACACCGGGAGAGUCCGAAGCAGCUUGCACCCCUACCUCCUUUCGAUCCUUAUGCUCGUCCACGUGCAGACUCUCUGUCUGCGGUGAGAGAAGAUCGCAGGCUUUGUUACAGUCCCCCACCGAAAAAGCAGCCUGAGCGGAACCCCACAACGCAUGCCACUUCUGACACGAGGUUGAGGCGAAUGAAAACAGUGAACGACCUAUUUGGUAGGAUUAACAAACGGGCUGACGCUUUGGGACUCCGAGUCAAGACUACUCAGAGUCGUUGCGACCAUGAUCCACUGGCAUGA